AUGUGGGCUGCCGCUGCUGCUCCCAAGUCGCAUCUUGGCCGUUAUCGCCUCCUAGCCCCUACGGCUGCGGUCAAGGUGAGUCCGCUCUGUCUCGGUGCAAUGAACUUUGGCGAUGCUUGGAAGGAAAGAAUGGGCGAGUGUGACAAGGAGACAUCUUUCAACAUUAUGGACACUUUCUAUGACAAUGGAGGCAAUUUCAUUGACACUUCGAACAAUUAUCAAGAUGAAGAAUCCGAAGCCUGGGUUGGUGAGUGGAUGGAAAAGCGCGGAGUGCGAGACGAGAUUAUCCUAGCCACCAAAUACACGUCUCCAUACGUUCUGCAUGAUAAAAGUAAGAUUCAGGCCAACUAUAUUGGAAACAAUGCAAAGAGCUUGAAAACUUCUGUGGAGGCGAGCUUGCGGAAGUUAAGAACGGAUUAUAUUGAUCUGCUUUACGUCCACUGGUGGGACUGGAGUACUUCUGUCGAGGAGGUGAUGACCUCACUCAACCACCUCGUCACCUCCGGCAAAGUACUUUACCUAGGAAUCAGCGACACUCCCGCUUGGGUCGUGAGCAAAGCCAAUCAAUACGCCCGAGACAAUGGCCUACGACCCUUCUCCGUCUACCAAGGCCAAUGGAACGCCGCACGCCGUGACUUCGAACGCGAUAUAAUCCCCAUGUGCGCCGCCGAAGGCAUGGGUCUAUGUCCAUGGGGAUCACUCGGCAGCGGAGCCUUCAAAACAGUCGCGCAGCGUGAAGAGCUGGAUAAAAACGGGAACCCAGGCCGACAAGUCGCGACACGGGAGAUUGAUAUCGAAGUAUCGAAAGUAUUGGAGAAGAUUGCUACUCGCCAUAAUAGCACUAUCACAAGUGUGGCGUUGGCUUAUGUUAUGCACAAGUUCCCCUAUGUGUCGCCCAUUGUUGGUGGACGGAAGGUUGAGCACUUGCAUGGCAAUAUUAAGGCCUUGGAGCUACAGCUUGAACAGCAAGAUAUUGAUCAUAUUGAGGGGGCUUAUGAGUUUGAUAUUGGAUUUCCGAUGGCAUUCCUCCUCUCUGACAGCACGGAAGCGCAUCCUCAAAAUUCGAGGUUCUUGAAGUCUGCGGCGAGAAUGGAUUAUCCUGAUUUGGUGCGACCUCCGUCUUUUAAGCCUUUGGAUCGGGUUUGA